AUGUCGUACGCGGCGCGAGUUAAGGGAAACCUACCGACUAUGCGCCGGUAUAAUAAGGAAGACGCCGUAAAACAAGAUAACAUUGAUAUUGACGUCAGCGACGAUGAAGACCUAUUCAACGCACCUGCCAUGGAACUGGUUCAAGACAGCGAGGAGAACGAAGACGAAAUCGACGGGAAUGGUGAUGACAGCGCCGAUGAAGACCUCAGCGACGACAGCGAGUCUGAUAAGGAGAUGGACGUCCGGGAGAAUACUAAGAACACCGAAGAAGUGGAUGUUGGUGAUAAUGAAACGUCAUCAGCUUUCCCGAGGGUGAAGAAUGUGGUCGUGGCUGACGUGCACGCUCCCGACGUGAGUUCACCAGUCCCAGUCGAGGAAAAGCGAGCUAAGUUGGACAAUGGCAAGGAGACAUUAGAGGAGACAUUAGAGGAGACAGCGGUUUCCCGCCACACUGUGAAUCGAAGAUUACAACAACAGGAUUACUGA